GUUUGCCAUGACGGGUUCCACCUGGAACAGGCCUCGCGAGGGUCAAUCAAAGAAGUUGAGUACUCAUGCUGUCUAUCAGGUGCAGAAACUGGCUUUAAAAAACAGACGCACGAGUCCUGCCAGCAUUGCUUUAGAUGUUGCAGAAGCGGAAGGUCAUCUUGUCAGCGCUCAGACCAUACGCCACACAAUGAAACAAGUCCGUUUGCAUGGCCGUCGUCCCAGAAGAAAGCCUCUUCUGAAGCUGGCACACAAGAAAGCCUGCAAUUUUUUCAGAGGACAGUAAAUAUAAUACUGCUAUACAAGCAGCACAUUGACUACUCUAAAAUCUAUCUAAAGUUCAUUUCUAUAGUAUUGUCCCUUGAGAAGAUAUACGUACUAACAUGUUUGAUGAAAUGUGAGGGGUGUACUCACUUUUGUGAGAUACUCUUAAGUCCAUUAUAACCAGGACUUGGGUUGGAGUUACAUUUCUGAUAAUUUCUUCCAGUAUUUGUGAGUUGUUUUGGGCUCUGUCAGAGUUAAAUGAACUGAUAGAUGAGUAAACAUCGGGUUGCUUCAGUCCUUUAAAAGCAGUACUUGAUUAAGUCCAUAGGUCAGGAGUUUCUGAGGACUACAAGAACAGAUCUGGUGUCCUGCUUUAAUUAUUAACUUUCAGUGGUAGUGCAUAAAAAAUAGUGCAUAAGUUUAUAUUGACUAAUUGAAACACUGAUUUUUCUUACAAAUAUUAGUGUGAAAAAAACCUUCUAGUGCACUAUGUAAUCAACAAGCCUCAGUACGGAAAUGCAGGGUCUUGGAAAAAGCCAAACUCUGGCUCAUAGCUAGACUUCCAAAGUUAAUCCCAACCCACUUGUGAUUCCACCCUGGUUCAGUCUUUAAUGUUAAUCAGUGUUUUGACUGCCAAAGCACCGGAGCAGUCGCUUUGUCUAAACCACCAGAAAAAGCGAGGAAGGUGUUUGUGCAGAAAUGACUAUGGUCUGUUUGACUGAUUUUGAGCAAUAUGCCAAGCUGCACCUCUCAAAGUUAGCAUGGGACUAUUAUGAAGCCGGAGCUGAUGAAUGUACAACCAGAGAUGACAACCUGCAGGCUUAUAAACGGAUCCGCCUCAGGCCACGGAUCUUACGGGAUGUGUCGAUCAAUGACACUCGGACCACUGUGCUGGGAACGGAAAUAAGCUUUCCUGUGGGAAUUGCGCCCACAGCCUUCCACUGCCUUGCAUGGCAUGAGGGAGAACUAGCCACUGCUAGAGCCUCUGAGGCAGUGAACACCUGUUACAUAACCAGCACAUACUCCACAUGUUCAGUGGAAGAGAUCGCAGAAGCAGCUCCUAACGGGUACCGUUGGUUCCAGCUGUACUUGUACCGGGAGCGUAAGCUCUCGGAGCAGAUCAUACACAGAGUGGAGGCACUUGGCUACAAAGCUCUGGUGUUUACAGUGGACGUGCCCUACACCGGCAAACGCCGCAAUGACAUACGCAACCAGUUUAAGCUCCCACCUCACCUGAAGGUCAAGAACUUUGAGGGCAUGUUUCAGGACCAGGCAGAAUCCCAGGAGAAGUACGGGACCCCAGCUAAUACCCUGGACCCUGCGAUCAGCUGGAAGGAUGUGGGCUGGCUCCAGUCUAUAACCCGGCUGCCUAUAAUCAUCAAGGGCAUCCUUACUAAAGAGGAUGCAGAGCUGGCUGUAGAGCAUGGCGUCCAGGGAAUAAUUGUGUCUAAUCAUGGGGGCCGACAACUGGAUGGAGGUCCUGCAACAAUAGAUUGUCUGCCUGAAAUUGUGGAUACAGUGCAGGGCCGGGUCGAGGUCUACAUGGAUGGAGGGAUCCGCACUGGCAAUGACGUGCUGAAGGCCAUAGCCUUGGGAGCCAAAUGUGUGUUUAUUGGCAGACCAGCAAUCUGGGGUCUCGCUUACAAGGGGGAGGAAGGAUUGAGAGAGGUCUUGCAGAUACUACAGGAUGAGUUUCGUUUAUCCAUGGCGCUGUCAGGUUGCAGAAAUGUUGCUGAGAUCAACAGGAACCUCAUUCAGUUCUCCAAACUUUGAACAGCAAAAGGGACUCUUGUCAUUUCUACUUUAGCACAGAGAGCAGAGCACUGCAAAGGUCCACUUUAUCCACUAUUAAUACUAAAUGUAUUCAGGAAACUAUUGUUGCUUUAAGUCACAAGAAUGACAUUAAAGCAAAUGUUCACUGUGUCUGCAUUGUUUUAAUACAGUUUUUGUUUAUUAUGAACUGCUCUACAGAAAUUCCACAUUAUUUUGACUGAGAGUGAAUUAUUUUAGUACCAGAUGAAUCUCCACUCAGUAAUUAAGUAAUUAAGUAAUGCACAAAGAAAAUAAAGGUGUUUUUAUGAUUGUGGA